UGUCUGCAGCCGACUUGUCCACUCACACCACAACUCAGUUUGGAAGAAGAGAUUCCUUCAGAAAGCGGAAUCAUGGACCAAGAGGAAUACCGACAGAGAGGAAAAGAGAUGGUGGACUACAUUUGCCAGUACCUGACCAGCCUUAGGGAGAGACGGGUGUCUCCUGAUGUGCAGCCCGGUUACAUGAGAGACCAGCUGCCAGACAGUGCUCCUUUCGAGCCAGAAAGCUGGGACAACAUCUUCAAAGACAUUGAGAAGAUCAUCAUGCCUGGGGUUGUCCAUUGGCAGAGUCCACACAUGCAUGCCUACUUUCCGGCUCUCACUUCCUGGCCUUCUCUCCUGGGUGACAUGCUGGCAGACGCCAUUAAUUGCUUGGGAUUUACCUGGGCAUCCAGCCCAGCCUGCACAGAACUGGAAAUGAACAUGAUGGACUGGUUGGCUCAGAUGUUAGGUCUCCCAAAUUUCUUCUUGCAUCAUCAUCCAGACAGCAGGGGCGGAGGUAUCCUGCAGAGUACAGUUAGUGAAUCAACCCUGGUCGCUCUGUUGGCUGCAAGGAAGAAUAAAAUUCUGGAAAUGAAGGAGUCUGAGCCAGGUGCAGACGAUUCUGCUCUGAACUCUCGUCUCAUUGCUUAUGCCUCAGAUCAGGCUCACUCCUCAGUAGAAAAGGCGGGUUUAAUUUCCCUCGUGAAGAUGAGUUUUCUUCCUGUGGAUGAGAAUUUUUCCUUGAGAGGAGAAACCUUGAAAAAAGCCAUUGAAGAAGACAGAAGCCGUGGCCUGGUGCCCAUCUUUGUUUGUGCAACUCUUGGAACAACUGGAGUCUGUGCUUUUGACAGCCUUUCGGAGCUGGGACCCGUAUGUUCUAAAGAGGGACUCUGGCUUCAUGUUGAUGCUGCCUAUGCUGGGACGGCGUUCCUCUGCCCAGAAUUCAGAACAUUUUUGACUGGAAUAGAAUACGCAGAUUCUUUUACCUUCAACCCUUCCAAAUGGAUGAUGGUUCACUUCGACUGCACAGCGUUCUGGAUCAAGGAUAAAAACAAGCUGCAGCAAACCUUCAGUGUUAAUCCCAUCUACCUCAGACAUCCCAACACGGGGUCAGCCACAGACUUCAUGCACUGGCAAAUCCCACUGAGCCGAAGGUUUCGUUCUCUGAAGCUCUGGUUUGUGAUCCGCUCGUUUGGUGUGAAGAAGCUUCAAGACCACGUCAGGCAUGGCACUGAGAUGGCCAAAUAUUUUGAGUCACUGGUUAGAAGUGACCCCCUGUUUGAAAUCCCUGCUAAGAGACACCUUGGACUGGUUGUGUUUCGUUUAAAGGGCCCUAACUGGAUGACGGAAAAGGUCUUAAAAGAUCUGAACAAAUCGGGAAAGCUCUUUGUUAUUCCGGCCACGGUUCACGACAAGUUCAUCAUUCGGUUCACUGUGACGUCUCAGUUUACGACCCGAGAGGACAUUCGACGAGACUGGGCCCUCAUCCAACAGGCCGCGGUGCAGGUCUUAAACAUGCACCAUCCGCCCAAACCUGUCGCCAUCUCAGAGGAAGGGGUACAAGUUCCCAACGUGAUAACCAGCCCCAUUUCUAAAUCAACAGGCGCUGCUCCUUUUUCUUACUUGGAGGAAGAUGAAAGCAAAAGGUCCCAGUGCAAAAUAACUGUGCAGCCUCGAAGAGGCUCUCUAAGCCCUUCUCCAUGGUUGUUUGGUGAAAACGUCACCGUGCCCGAGGAUCCUCAUUUGGACGACUGCUUCACAGAAGGCGGCCUGAGCCCCACCAGCCACAAAGUGCCCUCGUUCUCUGUCCAAAGCAAGAAAAAGACAGCCCGCUCCCUCAGUGUGCCGACAGCUGGCUUUUGGGAAGCAGGCCACCCAAAGGCCAUGGGCUUGGAGGUCCCCGGGAAGAGCGGACCUUGCGCUGGCGAGAAACUCCUUUCCCAAUUGCCCAGAGAGAUACUGAUGCUCAAGAAAAGCGCCCUGAAGAAACACCUGAAAUUUUACAGCGUGCCCAGUUUUCCGGAAUGCACGAUUCAGUGUGGGCUCCAGCUUCCGUGCUGCCCUCUACAGGCCACCGUGUAGUCAUU